AUGAGCAAAUCCACCGAUCACCACGCUGUUGUCGAAGAAGAGUUCUUGAAACUCGAACAUGUCCUGAAUCAGACGGCUGGCGAUACGUCGGCAUGUCUGAAAUUGCUGAAGAAGCACCUUUCCGAGUACGAUAGCCGUAAUAGCAAUCACCUUUCCAAUACGGCCACGUCGUAUAUGAAGAAGGACAUGCGCACGGCAAAGGACGCUGCGUCGAGUCUGAAGCAUGUGGCUGAUGAGAUGAGCAAGAACCGGACCAAGACGGAGGUAGCAUCUGCUCGCAACAUGAUGAAUGCCACAGCCAAGGCAAUGGAAACGCUGAAGAUAACGGCUCGUAACUACGACAAGGAUAACAAGCAGUCGAAGGGGAUUAAGGGCACGAUCGAUGCUGCCAUGGGUGGCCAUCACAACAAGGACAAGGAUGAGAAGCAUAAGGAGGGAAGUUUAUUGGACAGUAAAGACAAGAAUGGAGGGGGUAUUUUGGGGAGCACGGAUACCGUUGAGGGGUUAGUGGAGAAGACUCUUCACGAUAACUUUAGUCUCACUGCAUUGGACCACCAAAUCAACGCAACGGAGAAAGCGCUGACACCUUCUAUGAUGGAGCGUGCAAAGGAAAAGAUACACGAUGUCAAGGACAAGAUGACGGGCGACUCGAAACACAUGUGA